UUAAAAUUGAAAACCCUAGGUUUACCAUUAAAUAUUACCUUCUUUCUAGUUGGUCGCCGGAAGAACAAUCUGAAUCCCUUGCUUCGAUUUGAGUUCCACUGCGAAGGCGAAAAUGGUGGCCGCAAAGAAGACGAAGAAGACUCAUGAGAGCAUUAACAACAGACUUGCUCUUGUGAUGAAGAGCGGAAAGUACACGCUUGGAUACAAGACCGUUCUCAAAACCCUCAGAAACUCCAAAGGUAAGCUGAUAAUUAUUUCAAACAAUUGUCCACCGUUGAGGAAGUCUGAGAUUGAGUACUAUGCCAUGCUUUCCAAGGUCGGCGUUCACCAUUUCAAUGGAAACAAUGUUGACCUAGGAACAGCAUGUGGAAAGUACUUCCGGGUUUCUUGCCUAAGCAUUGUUGAUCCUGGUGAUUCGGAUAUCAUUAAGACACUUCCUGGGAAUCAGUAGUUGAUAUCAAUAUCACUGUUGCACUAUUUGUUGAAGGGAGAAAUCUAGUUCUUUUUUUAGGACCUAAUCUUUGAUGUAUGGUUUUACUCUUUUUGAAAAUAUUGUUAUUCAAAUAUGGUUUUGUUCCAAACUUAUUAUCUUACCUGAUUUUGGUUUGACA